CACAACUCAUCUUAUUACUAUUCACAAUCCAUCUCAAAACAUCAAAAUCACUCUCCCAGAAACUGGGUAUACAGCAUUUUUGUGUGUUAAAACAUCAAAAUCACUCUCCCAGAGACUGGGUAGGAACGCAGCAAUGGCGUAUACCUUUCCCAAAGCUUAUCUCUCCUGCGUUUCUCCGUUUCGCCCGAGCUAUCUGUACCCUCUCCUUCCCAUUGCUCUCUCUUCCCAAAUUCGUUCGCUCCCUCCAAUGCAUGCUUUCAAUCUCUCUGCAUCUCUCUCUACUACUCCCCAAGACAAAUCGUCCCCUCCUACUCUUCCAUCUCAGAAAGGAAGCAGCAGUCGUUGGAAGCCCAUGUGUUUGUACUACACGCAAGGCAAGUGCACUAAGAUGGAUGAUGCUAUCCACCUUGGGAAGUUCAAUCAUGAUUGCUCCAGGGACCUUGAAGUGAAUAUUUCUAUGUUGAAAUGCAUACCCUCCCAGAACUUAGACUUUUUUCUGGUGCUUGAUUUGGAGGGCAGAGUUGAGAUUCUUGAGUUUCCAGUUCUGAUGAUAAAUGCAAAAACCAUGGAGGUCAGGGACUUUUUCCACAGGUUUGUAAGGCCCUCGGAAAUGAGUGAGCAAAGGAUAAAUGAAUAUAUUGAAGGAAAGUAUGGCAAGUUUGGAGUUGACCGUGUCUGGCAUGAUACAGCUAUACCAUUUAAGGAAGUACUUGAUCAAUUUGAAGUUUGGUUGGCUCAGCAUCGCUUGUGGGAAAAACAGUUGGGUGGCAGUCUUAAUGGGGCAGCAUUUAUAACUUGUGGAAAUUGGGAUUUGAAAACAAAGGUCCCUCAGCAAUGCAAAGUCUCGAAGAUGAAGGUUCCCCCAUAUUUUAUGGAGUGGAUCAAUCUCAAAGAUGUCUAUUUAAAUUUCUAUAAAAGGAGGGCCACAGGAAUGAUGACCAUGAUGAAGGAACUUCGAAUACCAUUGGUGGGAAGUCAUCAUCUUGGGAUUGAUGACACAAAGAACAUAGCAAGAGUGUUGCUACAUAUGCUUGCUGAUGGUGCAGUCAUGCAGAUUACCGCUAAGAGGAGUUCCACUUCUCCUGAAGAUGUUGAAUUCCUAUUCAAGAAUCGGAUAAGAUAGCUGCUUCCAGCUAGAUUUGUCAUUUGUCACUUAACUGCAUGUAUUCAGGAAAAAAUUAAAAAAAUGAACGAAUUUAUUCCAUUCAUUAAUCUAUACUCUCUCCCUCUCUCUCUCUCUCACACACACACACACACACACACAUUAUGCUAUUACAGCAUGCAGCAAGAACUGGAAGAAAGUUGGGAAGUUUGGCUGGAAAAAGAAUAUUACAGCCAUGCUCUCUUCGGUUGGUGUAAUUGCUGGGUUCUCUCCGAGUGGAACUGUUGAAGAUGGAUUGUGUCAACUCUUUUAUAUGCAAGGUUAUACCUUUUCUCUUCAUCCUCA